GAAACGUCGCAUCAUCACGUGACUUAUCACUCGGUUCUGAUUGGUUCUCUGUAAACAAGCCACUUCCGUGCUUGCUCAUGUGAUUUGUGUUAUUGACAUCACAGAGAAGGCAUGUCCAGCAGGUAUAACAUCGUGGUUCAGGGCGAGGCCUCUGAGACUGACUCUGAUGAUGAGGUCUACAUCACCUCCAUGUCUGCCCCCCAGACUGCCACAGCCGGAGCAAAGGUUCCCGGGGAGGCAUCUGAAACAGACAGCGAGGAGGGCGGCGAUGAGGAACAGGCGGACCGAGUCUCUGCGAUGAGCCAGGAGAGCGCCCAGAUCCUCAGGAGGGACCUGCCUCCUCUGAUCGUGGUUAGAGACCAUCCUGACAUCCAGUCCAUAGUGGAAGACAGGCUGAGCCCCACACACAGGCCGCACGGUGAGACGCUUUUACAACAGAAGCUGCAGGAGUCUAACAACCGGCUGUAUUCUGAUGUCGGACUGACCGUACGGCAGGUUUACGGCAGUGCCAGUAGAGAGGUGCACAGUGCGACAGCUCAGCUGAAUACUUCGCAGAGCGCCAUCAUCAAUGCCUCCCACAGCAUCAGAUUAAUCCUGGACGACCUGAAGGCGGUGUCUGAGAAGAUUGACAUCAUCACCAGCUGCCAAAUACUGCCUGACAUUAACAUUAAUAAUCCAAAGACUUUUACAGCUCCUGUACCUUAAACAAACAAAUCAACAUGUUUUUUUUUUAAAUAUACAUAUCAUUUUGAUGUUUUACCAUCUCUAUCAGAGUAGGAUUCAAACUGGAAAGAUGCCUAUGCAUAUGAACAAAUACAUGUAUUUAAGAGUCACACUAUAUAUGUAUUUAUCUGUCAGGAUUCCCUGUCCUCGUGUUUUUAGAUAAUUUUUUUCUGCAGUUCUUUGUAAAUAUUAAUAACACUCAACACAAUCCCUUAAACAACUGUACACUUCUUUUUAUGCGGCACAUCCUUUUUCUGGUCCGCUAUGAAGGUAGACCAGUAAAAGUUUCUCAUGCUUUUUCUCCUGUGUGUUUAAAAAUGUAAAAAUAAAUGUAACUUAAUCAUA